AUGACCGCGUUCGUGUUCACGGGCGCCUCUGGCUCCGGCCCUCCCAGGCUCUGCCUUCAACAAUCAAUUCCGCCGGGUGUCGUGUACUUGAUUCCCAAGGUCUUGCCGCUAUACUCGCCGGGUGCUGCGAUUGCCGCACCGUCUGGAUCGGAAUGCCGUAUGAAUAUCGAAACCGUUAGGUGCACGAUUGCCCUUGUGGAUAAGAGUUCAACAGAUUCGAGAAACUUGUAA